GUUUGGGGGCUAGUUGAAUGUACAUUAAUUGAAACAUACAAAGUCAAAUCACAACUGAAAUUGCUACCAAAUGGUUUGAUUUCCAAGCGAAACACUAUUAUCUGAUUUAUAGAGAAAGGUAACAACUCAACCCCCUGGCAUUUUGCUGCAACCUUAAGUGAAAACACUUGCAUUAAUGUUGCAAAUGCUCAACCCCAUUCUACUUCUCACAGUCUCCCGUCUCCCCCAGGAAAACCUCUCUUUCACUACAGUGAGGCUUAUAUUGAUGAAGCACUAGGAGGAUAGGUAGAGCUAGCCACGGUGAGACAUUUUGAUCUGUUGAUGCGGUGGAUCUUGUCCAUUCAAAGGACUUUCAGCACUGCACAUUUUUGCCCUUCAUGUUUCUGAAAGUGGUCAUUCAAUUACACUUAACCUAAGGAGGAAACGAGGCCCUGAGCUGCUAAGCUGAAUUUUUGCUCCUGUUGGAAUACAUGGAAUAGUGAAUAACCAAGAAAGGAACGACAUCUGCCUACUCCACAAAGGAUCUGAAUUGGCUCCACAAUCACAUGGAGGUCCCAGGAUUCUUGAGCUGUGCCCAGCUGACAAGCUUUUGAAGAUGGCACAAUAACAGUUCAGUGAUGCCUGACCAUGACAGCACAGCCCUCUUAAGCAGGCAAACCAAGAGAAGAAGAGUUGACAUUGGAGUGAAAAGGACGGUAGGGACAGCAUCUGCAUUUUUUGCAAAGGCAAGAGCAUCAUUUUUUAGUGCCAUGAAUCCCCAAGGUUCAGAGCAGGAUGUUGAGUAUUCAGUGGUGCAGCAUGCAGAUGGGGAGAAGUCAAACGUGCUCCGCAAGCUGCUGAAGAGGGCGAACUCAUAUGAAGAUGCCAUGAUGCCUUUUCCAGGAGCAACCAUAAUUUCCCAGCUGUUGAAAAAUAACAUGAACAAAAAUGGUGGCACCGAGCCCAGUUUUCAAGCCAGUGGUCUUUCCAGCACAGGCUCAGAAGUACAUCAGGAGGAUGUGUGCAGCAACUCUUCAAGAGACAGCCCCCAAGAGUGUCUUUCGCCUUUUGGCAGGCCUACAAUGAGCCAGUUUGAUAUGGAUCGGUUAUGCGAUGAACACCUGAGAGCUAAGCGUGCCCGGGUUGAGAAUAUCAUUCGGGGGAUGAGCCAUUCCCCAAGUGUGGCAUUACGGGGCAAUGAAAAUGAAAGAGAGAUGGCUCCACAGUCUGUGAGUCCCCGAGAAAGUUACCGAGAAAAUAAACGCAAGCAAAAGCUGCCGCAGCAGCAGCAGCAAAGCUUCCAGCAGCUGGUUUCAGCUAGGAAAGAGCAGAAGCGAGAGGAGCGCAGACAGCUGAAACAGCAGCUGGAGGACAUGCAGAAACAGCUGCGCCAGCUGCAGGAAAAGUUCUACCAAAUCUAUGACAGCACAGAUUCUGAAAACGAUGAAGAUGCUGGCAACUUGUCUGAAGAUAGCCUGCGCUCAGAAAUGCUGGAUGCCAGAGUGAGGGAUUCUAUGGGCAGAUCAGAUCAUGAAAUGUGUGAGUUGGAUCCAGGGCAAUUCAUAGAUCGUGCACGAGCCCUGAUCAGGGAACAGGAGAUAGCUGAAAACAAGCCCAGGAAAGAAGGCCCCAAAGAAAAAGAUCACGGGCCACACUCUUUUCACCCAGAAGGCAAACACCUAGCUGAGACUUUGAAGCAGGAACUGAACACUGCCAUGUCUCAGGUUGUGGACACUGUGGUCAAGGUUUUCUCUUCUAAACCCGCCCGCCAACUUCCUCAGGUCUUCCCACCUCUCCAGAUGCCCCAGGCAAGAUUUGCUGUGAAUGGGGAGAACCACAACUUCCACACAGCCAACCAGCGCCUCCAGUGCUUUGGUGAUGUCAUCAUUCCAAACCCGCUGGACACCUUUGGCAACGUGCCGCUGCCUAAUUCCACAGACCAAACAGAAGCACUGCCUUUAGUUGUCCGCAAAAACUCAUCCGACCAGUCUGCCUCUGCCCCUCCACCUGGCAGCCAUCAUCCUGCUCUCCAUCAGUCUCCGCUGUCUGCUACCACAGGCUUCACUUCAUCUUCUUUCCGUCAUCCCUUUCCACUACCCCUUAUGGCAUACCCAUUUCAGAAUCCCUUAGGUGCUCCUUCUGCCUCCUUUCCAGGGAAAGACAGAGCUUCCCCAGAAUCCUUAGAUUUAACAAGGGAGACCACAAGUCUGAGGACCAAGAUGUCAUCGCACCACAUGAACCAUCACCCCUGUUCACCAGCACACCCUCCCAGCACUGCUGAAAGCCUCUCUAUAUCCCUCAUCAAGUCCGAGUGCGGUGACCUACAAGAUAUUUCGGAAAUUUCACCUUACUCGGGGAGUGCAAUGCAGGAAGGUUUGUCGCCCAACCACUUGAAAAAGGCCAAGCUCAUGUUCUUUUAUACCCGGUACCCAAGUUCCAAUAUGCUGAAAACGUACUUCUCAGAUGUAAAGCAUCAUUCAUCCAGAAGAAGCCCAAAGUGCUUUACAAACAGCCAAUAUAGGGAUCAUUCACCCACCACCUCUGAAAGGCAGCCACUUCCGUGGUGGAAGGCAACAGCCAUUCGGGGUCAGCAACAUCACACACCAGUAGAUUUCAACAGAUGUAUUACCUCUCAGCUCAUCAAGUGGUUUAGCAAUUUCCGUGAGUUCUACUACAUUCAGAUGGAGAAGUAUGCACGUCAAGCCAUCAAUGAUGGGGUAACAAGCACUGAAGAGCUGUCUAUAACCAGAGAUUGUGAACUGUACAGGGCCCUCAACAUGCACUACAAUAAAGCAAAUGAUUUUGAGCAGGUUCCAGAGAGAUUCCUGGAAGUGGCACAGAUCACAUUACGAGAGUUUUUCAAUGCCAUUAUCGCAGGCAAAGAUGUUGAUCCUUCCUGGAAGAAGGCCAUAUACAAGGUCAUCUGUAAGCUGGACAGUGAAGUUCCUGAGAUUUUCAAAUCCCCAAACUGCCUCCAAGAGCUUCUCCAUGAGUAGAGAUUUCAACCACUAUUUAUGAAUGUAUAAAAAAGUAGCAGACCCCAUUUUUUAUGUCCAUGUUGUGUGCGAGUGUGUGCGUGUGUCUAUAUUAAUUUUUCAUAUAUAUAUAUAUAUGAAAUUAAUAUAUAUGGAAUCAGAUAAGAAUCCCUCAUGAUUUUUUUUAUUUGAGUAAAAACUGGAUAAUUAUUUUAACUCCAGCCUUUGUUUUACCUUUGCCCAUAACUUUUAAUAUUUUGAAGGAAAAAAACAUUGGGUUCCUUUUUUUUUCAGGGAGAAGAAUGUUUUGAAGUGUGUGCAAGCCUGUUUUAGUAAGUUUAGGGUAUUACAUAUACACACACAUAUAUAUAUUGCCAUUUAUUACUUGCUACAAAGUGGCAUUUUGUUUCAGAAAGACAAAUGUCGCAGAGCAAUUCUGCAGACAAUUAUAUAUCUUUGUUUAUAUUAAGCUCUCAACUCUAUAGAGGCAUUUCACAACUUAGAGCUUUCUAAAGUUUAGCUCAACCUUUUAAUGAUGGCGGUAGAUUUUUGUGUGUGUUAUAGUUUUGAAGACAUAUAAACAACCCUUUCUGUUAUUUAAACAAAUCUACACCAGUUGUCAGGCUUUCCCUAUAUGAGAACAAUAUAUGCCCCCAAAUAAUUUUACCCCAUUUUCCAAUGUCCUGGAUGCUGCUACAAGCAUGUGCAUCAAUAUUUUCAGCCAUAUCCCCUACUGCAAUUUUCUUCAGCCUUGAGUCUACAAAUGUCAUUGCAGCUCCUGUCAGCCACAGCCAACUUAGCCAAUGGUUAUAGUUGGUGGGAGUUGUAGUCCAACAGCACCUGAGGACUCAAGAUAUCUGCCCUCCUACAGCAGUUCCCAGGAGUGUUCCCCACCUCGCUUUUCCAUUCAGUAAAUUUGAAAAACAGAAGGUAAUGGGAAGAAUUUCUAUGAACCUAUUGCAGGCCUGAAAAGGUUAUAUUUUGAAAAGGGUUGGAUGCAAACCAAAACAGGUUAGGGAGAAGGUAUAGAACCCCAAACUCCAGUAUUGGAAUUCCCCUUAUUUUCUUGAGUUUGUCCCAUCACUGUUUACCAAGAUCUUAUCCCACCCCCAACCCCACUUUAAGCAAAGCAGUAUUGCACAAAACAAAACAAGCUCACUCUAGGCAAGGGGUUUGGAGUGUUGACCAAGAGAGUACACAACAUUAUGUAAGUAUUUUUUUUUAAAAAAAAUCAUAAUAUGGUCAGCUUAUUAAAACAAUAGCACUUCACUCUCCAUAGAGUAAACAACACCUUGCAUGACUCCCAGUCAUAGCUGAGCGUUUUUAAGUCCCAUUAUUUCACUGGUAAAUCUCUCCUAUGGAAAUCAAUGUGCCUUGAAGGCUGCAAUCCUGUGCACACAUACUGGGGGGGGGGAUAGCCCAGUGAAUUUAGUAGGACUUACUUCUGAUAUGAUAGGAUUAAUCUGCUUUAUGCUUACCUUUUGUGGCAAGGUGUCCUUUCCCUUUACCACACUGAAUGGUCAGGUCUUGGCCACAUCCUAAAUGGCAUUUUUAUCAAAAUAUAUUCCUCUUUCCCCACCCCCAAGCCCUUAAGUGGUGUAUAUAGAUAAUAUUUCAUAUUUUUACCUGAAAAAAAUUAAAUUACCCUUUCAUCUGAGAAGCAUUGUAUUAUACUUCUGCUUUAUUUUAAAACUGCUGGGGGGAGAGACAACUUGUACCUUGCUUGCUGGGGCUGAUGGAAUUUGUAAUCCAAAACUUAUGAAGGGUACCAGGUUGGGGAGAGCUGGCAGAGACUUUUAAAACAUUUGGUAUCACUGAAAGGAGUAAGCAAGGCACAAUAUAUAUACACAGAGACAGCACAACUCUACAGAACAUUAGUCAUUCCAAGUUUCAUUUAACCCAUUGGAACUUCAGUUGUUAAACUAUGGUUUCUUACUUACUGGGACUUAAGCAUGCUUCAGUGGCUCUUGGAUUGUACCUAUAAAUCAUGCAGAAACUUUAUCCCUGUCAUCUUAGCUAGGAAAGCUAGCCAUUUCUAUUAUUUCCUCAAUAUAAGUGAUUAAUUAAUGCUGAAUAGAACUGAUCAGACCUCUUCCCUUCUACAGAAAAGUGAGUGGCAAACAAAACGUGAGCAUAAUGCAUAAUAUAGGAAAGAAUGGGAUUUAUUAGAGUUUUCCUGUUAUUUCACAUCAAGAGAACUUUUUUGCCAUCGCCUUGCAUUGAAGAGUGAGAGCGAUCACAUGGAUCAAUUUGAGGCCUGGUUGCAGACACACAUGAUUUCAACAGGGCCAAAGUAGACAUGACCCUAAACCAGCCUUUCCCAACUAGUGGACCACCAGUUAUUGUUGUUGGACCACAACUCCCAUCAGCCUCAGCCAUCAUUGCCAAUGGUCAGGAAAGAUGAGAAUUGCGGUCCAACAACAUCUGGUGGCCCACUAGUUGGGAAAGGCUGCCCUAAACUGAUAGCUACUAAUGAAAAUGGCAGCCAUGUGUAUAAUUCCUACCAUUCCAUAAUAUCUACUGUAUAUUCACAUACUGAGGACAUAACGUUCUGUGUUUCUUCAUCAGCACACAAUGGGAUGGGCAGGGAAGCAAAAGACCUCACAAUAUCCAGUCAUGGUCAAAUUCUCCUUCAUGGUCGUGCUGGGAGGAGUUCAAUGCCUGGAUGUCAUUUUCUGCACUGGCUAGGCAUGUUUAGCAUAUCUAGUUCGGCCCUGUUUUUUUUACAUUUACUGAAACAGGAUUCAUAUUUUAAAGAAGCACCAGAUGAAGUUUCUCCUCAAGGUGACCAAAAGCAGUUUACUGUACAGUGGAAAAUUAAUAGAUGGAGUGGAAUGAAUACAGCUGAAAUGAAUUGCUACAAUAAUCAGCCUUGUGGUUAGUUUUUAUGCUUUCUUCAAUGGUCUCCUUUUUAUUUGGCAUUUUAGCAAAGGUGUAGUGUCUAGUAAUGUUUCCUUAUAUUCCAUGGCAUUAUGUGUUUGUCAUUUUCUCUGUUAUCUUUUGUACGGAUGCAGUAAGAAUUUAUUGUUAUCUGGGCUAGCAUUUUUCCUUACCCACCAUGUCUCCUGGAAAUUUGAUACAGAUUUGAUACCAAUUAGCCAAGGCAUCUAUUUUACAGCUUAGCAAGUUAAUUUUUUUUAGUACCCUACCUUUUUUUCCUCCCUUUCUUGAACUUUUAUUAUUAUUAUUAAACAAAAAUUGUAUUUUGAUUUUGGAGAGUGAAAGUUUACCCCACGUGACAUUAUAUAUUUUUAAAAAUGCUGACCUAGUCAUUGCAAAGAUGCUUCAUUUACAAAUACUGCUUGAGAGACAGAAAUGGAUGAAAAUAGUUGUCAGUGAAAAGCCUUAAAAAACCUGAAACGACCAAACUAGGACACCCAGGCCACAAUCCAGAGACCCUCUUCCACAUGCAGCAAAAGAAGUUCCCAUGCAGGGUAGCAAUUUUCUCAGUGCAAGUCUUUUGCACAAGAAUGCAAGCAAGAAGCAUUCCAACGACAUAGACUGCAUACAAAGCCCAGAGGGCUUUUUCGGAUAUUAUGAUUCAGUAAAUCAUGUUUUUUUCAAAGCUAGGAAUAAGUGUCAAUCCCAUACCUUUGCCUCUUCCUGUGCAUGUCACCUGUGGUACUUCUAAACUCUGGUUCCCAGUUGCAUCCAUAAUGCAGAGGUGUGACAUUGGCUUACUAACCAGGAUCCACAUUUAGAACCUGGCUAUAACCUGACAUUAAAACAGUUCUCUGUUUCAGGCAUCAGACAUAGUUUAAACAGACCAAGAUCAAAGUGCCAAAGCAGGUAAACAAGGAAAGAGAACAUGGGGAGAGCAUUCAGGUUUAAUGCUUGUUCCUAGCUUAAUAAAGUAUGGUUUAUUGAAUGUCUGAACUGCACCUAAUUGUGCAUAAGCUUAAUUUUUUUUUCACCCACAGCUCUCUGGAUUGCAGCCCCUGUUGUUAUCUUCAAACACUAAUUGUGUCUAUGCAGUGUAAGUGAUGCAGCCAAUAGCAUGGGGAAAAGGGCCACCAAUUUGUUGCAGUGUGCAUUGCACUCAAAGCAAGUCAAGCUGUUUCUAAACUUCCUCUGAAGUAUUUAAGUACAAUUUCUUUUUGCAUCCAUACAGUCGACAGCAUAAUUGCCACUCAUUUAAUUUGUGCAUGAUGCGCAGACUAUUAGAACAUUUCCAUAUGUAGGGUUUUGCUGACAAUCACCUGCAACCCCAGGUUCAGAAUGCUUGUUCCUGUUCCAAGCACUGCUUGUCUAGAUGCACUUAUUGGCAGGCGAGGCAGAGCUACUGUCAUGCCAAAAUAAUGACAGUAGCUCUAAACCUCUGCACUAGCAAGUACCUCUUCACAUAAGUACUUACUAUUGUGCUUCCUGUUCUGCACUGCCAUUGCUGCUUGGAACAUCUCAAAAUGCCAUUUCAUUGUGUAGUAGUUGUAUCUGAAAUAAUAUGGUUAGAUAUCUCCUUCCCAAAGCUCAAACAUUUCUUCCUGUUGACGGGGAAUAUUCCAUUUGUGAUUUAGGGUGUGUUUUCCCCAUGUGUUAUCACAGAAGCUUGCACAUGACAAUUUCCCAUUAGUUUUUGCACAUAGUUAACUAUUAAAACCGAAAUACACUUUUGUGGCAAUCCCUUACACGUGCAGAGUCUACUGUUUUGUUGACCUGCUUCUCACAUAACGCUAAGCUAAACCAGGCUUAACGUCAAAGAGUGAGUGUGCACGUACAAAGAGGAAAAAUCGCAGCAGCUUUACUCCUCUCCUGGUCCUGCUGUUUCCACGCCACCCAGAGCUAAGUCAUGGUUUAGCUUAGUGUUAGGCCCAAAUCCAGGUUCAUAAUUUGUCUUGCUUCAAACAAACCACAAGCUUUAGCCAGGGUGAUUUUUGGGAGAGGCAGACAUAACCAAACCAUGUCUUAGUUCUGGAAAGUGCAGCAGGACUGGGAGAAGAGCAAAGCGACUGCAGUUUCCCCCCUGAGUACCUGCAUGCUUGUUUAUUGUCCCUAAGCAGCGGUUUGGCUUAGCAUUAUGUGCAAACUGGGCCACCUUGGACAUUAAAAAAACCCUAACAUACUAAAGCCAUACUUCACUUAUAAUGUGUAGGCACACUUCUAGAAAUACUUUCCUUAUAGAUUUUUUUGUUAGUAUUAUCAGUUUAAGUAUAAUUAGUACUACUAUAAUUAUUAUUGACUGAAAAUGUGAUUGAUUCAAUUAAGUGAACACUAGACUUUAUGGCAUUUAUUUAUUUAUUUCUACAUAGUAUAUAUAAAAUCACUGGUGAAUAACACACAGGGAUACUAAGUGUAAGAAAGAAGGAAAAACAAGCCUUGAUCUGAUAUAUUGACAUUUAUGAUUUAACUAGGUUUAUGAGGAUUUCAUUGCAUUAUAUGGCCAUAUUGCCUUUGUGCCUCCUAAGGCACAUAAAACAAAAUGGAAAGCAUCAAUCUUUGCUACAUUUUAAGUAGAUGUCAUCAUCCACCCUCUUUAGUAUUACAUUUUAAAACAAAACUCUGAUCCUGAUCCUAUAGAUGUCCAUUUCCAUAAAAUGAUUUGCACAGAAGGAGCUAUAGCAGCAUACAUUGCUUGCUAGUAGGGAUAAGGGAGAAAUUAGAUUCAGUUCACAUUUAAAGCUGAAUCUAUCAGAUUUGUACUUUCCGAAACAAUAUGAGAACCGACACAUAGCAAUCCGCUGAGAUUCGCACUUAUCUGAAUUUGUGAUGCAGUUUGCCAACCAAACAAUGUUUACAAAAAUGCAUAUAUUAGUGCAAAGUGUGCAUAAAAAUGAAUACAUUCGUGAAAAUGACACACAAAAAUGCACUGGAUUAGGAAACUGCUUGCAACAAUGCAUACGUUAGUCCAAAACUGCAUACAAAAAUUGUGUAAUUAGGAGAAAUUCUCGCUAAAAUGCAGAAGAAUUUUUAUGUGGAUUGGUUUGGUUUGGUUUUUUAAAAGCACACUCCUGUAGAAAUGCGGAGAGCUGAAUUUAAGACUGGAGAAAUGAGAAACUGAGACAACCAAAACGGGCAUCCCUGCUUGCCAGGUUUGUCCUACUGUGCUGCUUCUCCAUUGUGGUUCCAUUAUAAAGAAAGAAAGAAUGGUAACUAUCAAGAACAUAGGGUUGCAGUUGACACAGUUGGCUCUGUCAUGCCCAAAAUAACGAUAGGAUGAUAUUUAGGUUAGCUGUUUGUUCCCCAGACACUCAGGGGAUAUCUACACUACAGAUGUAAGCUAGUUUAAUGGUGUUUCCUUUUCCCUCAGGAACACUGGAGCAUGUAGCUCUGUGAAGGAAUAUCUCUUAUGGAGAAUUCUCUUCAACUACAGCUCCCAGGAAUUCUUUGCAAGAGACUCAUGCCAGUCCAAACUGAUACAAGCUCGUAGUGCAGAUAGACAUUGUGCAUUGCAGUCGCUUUGCUAGUGCUGCAUCUGACGAUGGUGGCUGUUGCUGGUGUCACAUCGCUGAUCCCACACUGCUGAGCCAGCUAGAUGUCCUGGGUCAGCUUGUAAUGUCAGCUUGCCACAGCAGGUGUGACUUUGAGCACAGCCAGCAAUAACCCCCACCACACCACACCUUUUCUCAGCAAAACUGUACAUAGGAUUGGGUCAUAAGGCUACUUUUGCUGUAGUACAGAAGAGUUUAUAUAAGGAAAGAAGUUCAAAAAAGGUUGAAAUCCCAUGCUGACAUUCAUUUCCUUCCAAUACAUUUUUUCCUGCAUAGAAAUUUGAGAUUAUAGUGUGUGCCUAGACCUUACAUUCACCAGCGGAAGGAUUAGGGAAAAAUCCUUCAAAUUACCAGUUUUUUUCUCCCCUUCACAAGUACAAUUGUACUUGUCCCUUCUGUGACCCACAAUUGUAAUUUUUUGAACCUUUUUCGCCCCUCCCUCCAGGUACUACAGCUGCAAUAAACGCUAGGUUAUUUCCCCCCCUUUUUUCCAGCUGUUUGACAUAAUGUUGAUAGCUAUGCAUAUUUUGUGUCUUUUUAAUGAAAAUUUAAAAAGCAGGAGAAUGUUUUUGAAGAAGAGAAUUUUUAGAACUGUUUGAUAAUGCAAAUUAUUUUUUUCUUAGUCCUUUGAGCAGCAUUCAAUUUUGAAAAGAAAAAAAAAUUCUUGUAGAAUGCCAACUUUUUUGUAACAGUGGUGCAGAUUUUGUGUUUUCUUAGCCUAAUAAAAAGUAGUAUAGAAGCAAUAUUUCAUACGUAUUAUAUAUAUGUGUACAAAUAUACAUACAUAUAUACCCACAUAUACAUAUGAUAAUAUAUAGAUAUAUAUAUAUGUAUAUAUGCUUAUACACACACAAUAUGCGUGUGAAGUGAAAGGCUUACCUUUUUCCAGUGUAGAUUAAGAACCUAUUUUAGACAUUUGUUAUGUUUUGUGAGAAGAAUGUUCUAUCUGAAACUAUGAAACAUUUAAUUCUUACUGUAUCUCUGGUUGUGUAAUGGGAACGCUUCACAUUAAAAUGGUUUUUAAAAAGUGAAAGAUAUUAGAAUGUAGUAAUUAUUUAAGGAAGCGUUUGCCCAUAUAUUCCUGAGGUUUGCUUUUGUGCCUCUGAGUAUUAUUUAAUUUACAGUGUUUUAAGUCUGCAGAAUCAUUGUUACUGUACCAGGUAUGUGGGUGAACAUCUAUAGCUGAGGGGAACUUUUAUAAAGCAAUGUAUAUAUUCACCUUGAUGGCUCUUCUUGAAUAAAAGGCACAUGAUUUUAAUAACUACACUCUGAACAUCUGUUAAAUUUAUAAGAAACGCUGCAGUAACUAUAGAUAGUUGAAAGCAUUCUUUAAAACCCAGCUCAAUACUUUUAAAAGAGAGUUCUCUCUCACUCUCUGUCUCUCUCUCUCUCAUCAUGUGUCUAAGACAUGGGUGAUUCAGUUUCUGUAAAAUUACAGAUUUUUUUUCUAUGUGCACAAAGUAAUUUAUUGGCAAAGGGUUUUUUUCCCCUCUACAGGUUAAUAUUAACUAAGAAAUAAAAGUGAAGAUUUUGUGGCUUUAAAUAUAGGACUUUCACCAGCAGAACAGAAGAUAUAAAUAUAUAUAUAAAUAUAUAUAUAGAUAGAUAAAUAUAAAUAUAUAUAAGAAGUGGCUUGCAAACCCCCUCAAAUGAGCAUUGUACAUGAAAAUUAAUCAAAAAAUUUAAAAAAAUCAUCUAUCUGUCAUGUGUAUUAUAUAGUAAUUAUUGAUGUUCUAGUGCAAAGACUUCUUUUGGGUAUCUAUUCUGUGUUUGGAAAUUUUUAAAAGGCAUUGUUUUCAAAAAGCUCCCCUUCAAGAAUGUAACUGAUUUAUAUGAGUAACCAGUUACUGUAUUGCACUUAAAUGUUCUGUUGAAGGAAAUGCAAUUUUUAUUUUCUGUAGAACUGUUGGUUGUAAACCAUUGAAAAUGCUCAUAUUUUCAGCUGGGAUAAAAACUGUUGUUUAACUUUUGUGUCUUCUUAGGAAUAACUGUUUCAAAGUAAGAAAGGUGGUGACUUCAGGCAUUGUUUGUUUGUCAUCUAUGACCCUCAGUUAUGUUCUCUAUCUAGCCAGCUGUCAUCAGAAAUACUAAAAUUGCACCUGAAAUACACAGUCAAAUCCGGAUGAGAUUCACACUUAAAUUCCAGCCCAAGUACAUCUGGCCUGGGCUUUUAUAAGGCAUUUGUUUUAGUGUAACACUGUAGGUCAGACUUCCACAACAUGGUGCCCUCUAGAAGUGUUGAACUCCAACUACCAUCAGCUCCAGCCAGCAUGGGCAAUGGUGGGGAGGGUGGGAGUUGUAGUCCAACAACAUCUGGCGAGCACCAUGUUGAGGAAUGGUGCUUUAGGUUUCUUUCUCUCUCACACACACACACAUAUACUUGUUCUUUUAUUGAGAAGAUAUUUGGCCAUAUAAAUUUCAACUAAAGAGUCAGAGAAAUGUAUUAGGAAGAAUCAAAGGUUAAGGCAUAAACUACUAUUGUCCCAGCAACUUCUCAUAUGUAUAUAGUUAGAAAAGUGACAAAACACUGCCUUUAUAUUAUUUAGCAAUAUGUUGUAAAUAGCAUUAUUAAACUCUUUUUUUUGUAAUAAAGACCCAUUAAUUUGAACUUAGUACAAUAACUGAAUUAUAAACUCAAUUUUUGAUUUUUUUUUUUAAUCUUUGAUUUUUUUAGCUAGAGGCAAUUUCAGCUGUGGAAUUUUUUUGUUGACGUUGUCUAUUGUUCUGAAGACUUUGCAUAAUUUAUUGGUUUAAUUUAUCCUAAUUUAUUUGAUGGUGUACAAUUUUGUAUUGCCAAGGAUGUACUGUAAUAUUAAUUGAUGAUGUGAUAAAACAUGAAGACUCCCCUGUCUGUAUGGAGGGAAAAAGGUGCAGUAGACAAUUGACUGGGAAAAAAGUUACAAUUCUAGCUUGGCAGCUACUAAAUUGAAAAAAAAAUCAGGAAAAAUUGUUUU